GGGGGUGGCCACGACCUGUAGAUAUCGUGGUAGCGUAAGGCUUCUGCAUGGAUGAGUCGAGAUGAGGCUAGUUCGAGAGGCACGCGGCUGACUGUACCACCACCUGUACUGUAUCCAGUUGAACGAGUGAAAGAUCCAACUCAAGUCCUCCCACAUGAAGCUUUCGUCGCGUGACGCAACGUUCCUCAAUGACUCGGCGCAUUCGUACUCGUCUUGACAACUCAACCGAAACUGCUGCGCCAUGCCAGAGGCCGCAAGACUCGGAGAUUAUCCUGACGAGACACGCCGAGCCACGGCAGUCGCCUCCCUCCCGCCGGAGCAGCUCAGUGCCGCGCAUUGCAUGCCCCGAGCCCCGGCAUGAGGCCGCUCCAUGUGGAUCCCGAGAUGAGAUUGUCAUGAAACAGGUUGACCGGUCCUGGGAUGGAAUUCCAGUAGCUUGGGACGGAGUUGGCUGGGCUGGGCGUUGUCGAGGCGCAGGUGUCGGGACGUGGGCGGGUGACGUCGAAGGCGGCGUGGAGCACAGCCACAGGCCCAGGGCCAGGACGUCAGUUGGUUUAGAUUGCGGGUUCCUGGCAGGGCGAGGAGGAGGAGCUCCCUCCAGAGGGCCUCCCGUUGGUGGGGCUGAGGGAGUGAAAUGCAGAGGCGUGUGGCGGACGACUGUGGCGCUGUGCUGGGCUCAACGGUUCACGUACUCCGGACUAUUGGGCAUGAGAGAUGGCGAAUUGCGGUGGGACUACUAUUGAAGGUGGCUUAUACAGUCAAGCUAUUAUGCAUGCUUGGGGAUGUUUGGCAAGGGUAACAGAAAAUUGAAGCUGUGUCCAG